UUUACCCCAGCACUGCCAAGGCCACCACUAACCCAGGUCACUGAGGGCCUCACCUACACGGUGUUGGAUCUGCCUGUGAGGACAUGGGAUGGAUGAAGUUGGAAUGAAUCCCUCACCAUGCCUUUGAUCAGCUCGUUCUCAGGGGGAUGGUGAUGGCUCCAGCAUCUUCUGAUGGGCUUUGCUGGGGUAACCAAGACCUUCCCUUGGUGUGUGCUCAGCUGGAGGGAGAGGAGCAGCCUGACCACCAGUGCUUGGAGUUUGGGAGUGUGGAGGAGGAGCUGCAGGAGCAGGAGUUCCUCGACCGCUGCUUCCAGGAGAUGCUGGAGGAGGAGGACCAGGACUGGUUCAUCCCAUCACGGGACCUGCCCCAGGGCAUGGGGCAGCUGCAGCAGCAGCUCAACGGGCUCUCGGUGUGUGAUGGCCACAGUUCAGAGGACAUCCUGAGCAAAAGCAACUUGAAUCCAGAUGCCAAGGAGUUUGUGCCCGGCGUGAAGUACUGAGCACCCCGGCAGGCUCUGGAAGGACUGUAUCCCUGCUUUGGGAAUGUGAUGGGGAUGGAGGGAGCGGAGCAGCCCCCGGCUGGACUUUGCACCAUGCGGAGCUGCUACCAUGUGCUGAAUCUUCCUCUACGCUUCAAGUACCAUUUUUUUCCCUCCUUAUUUUCUUUUCUAACUCCUCCUUUGUAUCAUUUAUCACCUUUUUGGGGCAGUUUUUUGCUUUCCAGGACUCGUGGCCUUUAGGUCUGUGCUGGAGUCCAGCUCUUCCCUCUGCUUCCCUUUUCCAUGCGUGCUCCAAACCCGCUAGUGGGAAAGUCACAUCUCCUUGUUUGAGUGGGGUUUAGAGGGGUCCCCCUGGCCCUCCCCAGAGGCAGCAGCCCCACGCCAGGAGCCACGUUGGCAUUCCCUGCUCCUGUUCCAUGGGAUUUCUUUGGCUAACGGGAAGUGUGUGAACCCUGAGCCCAUCCCGAACACUAACUCAUGCUCUUCUCUGCUUCCUGCCUUGGGGAGCUCUGAGGGGAGGCCAGACCCAUCGCUCCAUCCAUCCAUCCCAAGGGAAGGGCAGCUCCUGGAAAACACACCUUCUCCUUAAAGAUUCCAACCCCGCAAACGUGGAGCUUAUCCAGCAGCUUGGAUUGUAGCUUGGAAGUAAAUCCCGGGAAGACCAGAAGGGAGCAGGAGGGAGCUGGUGUGGAGCUGCCUCCCUGGGAAAGCAGAGGGAUCCUCUGGAAGCUGAGUCUUAGAAUGGUUUGGCUUGGAAGGAACCUUAAAGCUCAGCCGGUUCCUCAUCUGGGGCAGGACCUGGACAGGCUUCAGCUCCUCAACCCACUACCCCUGUGCUCCUAGUGCCUUAAUCCAUGGGCUCCUUUGGGAAUCAGGAGCCUGGAUGCAGAGAGCUCCUGGGCGAGGGGUGAUGCGGAGUUCUGGCUUUACGAACCCAGGAGGAGCUCCUGCUCUCCCGUGCGGGUCUCACCUCCCAGCUAAUUCCAGCAUUCCCUGCACUGCACAGAGUGCUUAAUGGAGCGGGAUUGGGGAUCCCCGCGGGAUUCCGGGAGAUGGAAGCUAAUGGCCACUCCGCAGCCCACAGCCUGCUUCAGCUCCAUUAGCUCCUGGUGGGAGGCCCCAGGGUCACUGGAGCACAACUACCAGCGAGUGGAGCUUUGAGCUGAUGGAACUCACUGCUCCGGAGCUCCAGGCAUGUCCCAGCUGCUCCCAAAACCAGCCCUGAUCCCAGCCGGAGCUGCUGCCAGAACAAGGAGCUGUAGCAGUGGGUGCCCAGCUCAAACGCAGGGGUGUUUUGGGGUGAGUUCUGCCAUUCCUGGUACAAACCUGUGCCUUCAGCUGCCGGAGGCUCCGGUUUGGAGCCUGCAGGGCUGGGAUGGAUGCAGGGAAGGGCGGCUCCUGGCUGGACACACUCCUGUAGCACCGUUUGCCCUCACCCUUUCUCUGGUUUCUGUUUGAUUUAACCCCCCCCCAGGCCCCCCCCCUCUGCUGUGCUGUACAUUUGGACAAGGCCUUGUUAGAAAUAAACCUUUUUGGGAAGGGA